AUGGCAGACUCCACGACAUUAACAAAGCCGACUGCUGAGGAAGACGGGCUGAAGAUCGUCUCAAUGAUGCCAUUUGCCAACCGUACCUUUGUCAUCCCAUCAAGGGUUGAGAAGUACCCAAGUUCAGAUAUAAGUCAUUACGACUGGAGGUACCUCGAGCCCUCAAGAGCGACAUCUAACAAAAUGCAAGAUCUUAUCUACAAAGAAUUAAAGACCAGAUUCUUCCAAUAUUAUGCUGAAAGUCUGCGCCUUGAAGCACGAUUCAAGUUUGGAUGGCGGGGGGAUGGCAGCAUGACAAACAUCAACACACUACGGCUCCCAGGGUCUGGAAUAGACUCUUGGGGCCUGGCAGACUACUUCAAUAAAGAAGUAAUGGUCUAUUUCGAACACAAUUCCGUCGACACUUUUCAAAGUGGAAAGAUUGCCGGAUACAUUUUCCGAGAGUGGCUUCAGCUGACUAACGGCCGACCUUUCUUCAAGCGGAGUGCGUUCUUUGGCAAACCUGUAUAUCUACAAGAGGGUGGUCCUCAACGUCUUGGACAACUGUCGGUCUUUCAUGACGACCUCUCUCUCUAUGUAACAGCCCAUGCAGAGGAUUUGGUGGAGUUCAGGCGUUGGACCGGAGAGAUGCCGCCUGAGGAUGACAUCCCAGGAAAAGUACAACCCUGGCGAGAAUAUGGCUAUUUCAUGUGCCAUCUAUUUUGCUCCUUAUACCUGGUUGUUGAUAAGCAGUCAUACCCGCUAACUGCAGGCCCAUACGAUAACCCACGAGGGUUGAGAGGCUACGACAGGAUCCACGACAUGGAACACUACACGGAGAGGGAGCUAGAUCAGUGCACGGUUCUCCUCGUCAAAACAGGUGAUGAUGCACACCUAUCUUCACCCGUCACUUUUAAUCCGUUGUUCGAAGCUGGGCUGGCAAUGCAUGUCAACCGCGAUGACUACAGUGGCGGGCCCAAAGACGAAGAAACCGUCGUUCGAGUAAAACUCGGCACUGCGGUUCGUUUUGUGUGGGAAUUACUUCAGAAGGAGAAGGAGUCGUUUGAGGAGCUUGAAACCCAAGCACAAAUGUGGGAGGAGGAGCAGAACUCACUGCUCGAGACCUGGCUCGAAGACGUAAUGUCUCACUGUGAUGAGAUUGGCGUGGACAAUAACGAUCACAUGUGGGUAGCAUCUCGUCGUGCCAUCGCAAGGGCAAAUGGGAAGGCUUUUGAUAAUGAUCAGGUUUACCCACUUUGGGGGCGAUUACGACAAUGGGACUUGUAG